GAAACCAGCCCGGUGUUCCAGAGCUUCGAGAGAGACCCAGACGAACCAGAACUCGACAAUAAUCACUUGUUUCAGAACAAUGAGGAAGACCAGCAGCAAGGCUUGGAGCACUCCAACUUCGCAGACAAGGGCGACAACAAGGUUGAGCUUAUAGACGGCAAGUACUACAGUUUCGACUAUCCGGUGCCUACACAGCUAUCACACAGAAUCCCCUUUAAAGGUGCAAAACAGCUCACAGAAUUCACUCACUUGAGAUAUCAUGCAAUCACAACGGACCCAAAAGAAUUUUCAGAUGAUAAUCCGCUAGGGAAGGACUACAUUGAAAACUACCCGUUGAGACAGAAAUUGUACUCCGUGCAAAGAGACACGGAAUUGAUGAUUGUUUGUACGAUGUACAAUGAAGAUGAAAUCCUCCUCGGCAGAACACUUAAAGGAGUUUUCAAAAAUAUUAAAACAAUGUACAACUUGAAGGAAGAUGAAAGCAUACAUCCUUUUGGUAAAAACACAUGGAAAAAGAUUGUAGUUGUCAUCGUCAGUGAUGGUAAAAACAAGAUCAAUGAGAAAUCAAAGGCGUUGCUGACUUUGUUGGGUGUAUUCCAAGAAGGUAUAAUGCAAGAAUCGGUCAACGACGAGAAAGUAAAUGCCCAUUUGUUUGAAUAUACAACCACAUUUGGUAUUGGCAAAUUCGACUACAACAGAGCAAACCACUCUUUUACUGUUCCCUUGGUCACCGAGCAAACAGUGCCUGUGCAGUUGAUGUUUUUGUUGAAAGAGGAAAACAAACAAAAGAUCAACUCGCAUAGAUGGGCUUUGAACUUUCUAUGUCCAAAUUUAAAUCCUAAAGUGGUUGUUUUGCUUGACGUGGGCACAGAGCCAGGGCCAGAUUCCAUUUACAAGUUAUGGAAGGCAUUCAAAAAUCCAAAGAUUGGUGGUGCAUGUGGUGAAAUCAGAGCUAUGUUGGGCAAUCACGCAAGUCCAAACGAUGAAUCUUCCAUCUGGAAGAAGAUGGGUAGAUUCAUCUAUUUCCAGCUUUCUGAUUUCACUAAAUGUGUCAUCAACCCGCUAGUUGCAGCUCAAAAUUUCGAGUACAAAAUGUCAAACAUCUUGGAUAAACCCAUGGAGAGUGCAUUCGGGUUUGUUUCUGUUUUGCCCGGUGCCUUCAGCGCAUACAGAUACGAAGCACUACAAGGUGAGCCAUUGAGAGCAUAUUUCCAUGGAGAAGAUAUGAAAUCGAAUACAAAGAAGCCAGCUGGAGUCUUAGAAUCUAACAUGUAUUUAGCAGAAGACAGAAUCUUGUGUUUUGAAUUGGUUGCCAAAAGUGGGAAAUCAUAUUUGUUACAAUAUGUGCAUAAUUCAUACGCAGUUACGGAUGUGCCUUCGCAUAUCAGUGAAUUCGUCAACCAAAGAAGACGUUGGUUAAAUGGUUCAUUUUUUGCCGCAUUGUAUUCAAUCUUACACUUUUACAGAAUCUUGGUAUCCAAGCAUUCAUUUGGAAGAAAAAUUGCAUUGGUCAUUGAGAUCAUCUAUCAAACCGUCAACAUACUACUCUCGUGGUUCGCGUUAUCAAUUUACUUUCUAGUUUUCAGAAUUUUAGCUCUGGAUCUAUCAGACACGUUUGUGGGGGAGAAGACAGGGGACAUUCUUGCAAUUGUGUUUCUUUGGGUAUACAUUGCAGCAAUUGUACUUACAUUCAUCAUCUCUUUUGGUAACAAGCCCAACGAUGCAAAAUAUUUUUACUUGUUAGCAUUUGCUCUAUUUGCUGUGAUCGUCAUCUAUAUGACCUUCUCUGUUGUCUGCUUGACGAUUCAGUCGAUCAAGUCCAUCAAGGCCGAUAUUGGGGAGUACUCAAGAUUUACCUUAUCCAUCGGCUUGAAGUAUUUGCGAGAUGAGAAGUUCAGAGAUUUAACAAUAUCCUUAGCAUCCACUUAUGUUCUCUACCUCAUAGGCUCGCUAAUCUUUUUCGACGUUUUCCACCUCUUUGCAUGCACGGUACAGUAUAUUCUACUUUCGCCCGCCUACAUCAAUGUAUUGGGCAUAUUUGCCUUCUGUAACAUUAACGACAUCUCGUGGGGUACUAAAGGCGCUUUAGGGGAUGAGUCCAAGUUUCCGAAGAAGAAGGCCAACACCAACGACGAAGAGGAGAAAAACGUUCUCUUGUUAAGUGACAAUCUUGAAAACCCUGAUGUUUUGUACAAGAAGGCACAGAGGUUCCUGGAGGGGACCACUGAGCAGGAUCAGAUUCAGGAAAACAUCAGGACCUCCGAGAAGAAUUACGCCCUAGGUCGGACGUACACAGUGCUGUUGUGGUUGAUUUCCAACUUCAUUCUUCUUGUGGUCAUUCUCCGGACAGGGGGUCUAGAGGACUACUCUAAUUACGUGAACGGCCAGAGUACGCCUGCCGCAACCACGUCGACAACCAAAUCCUUUUUGGUCAAGAGGAGCUACUGGAACGACAUGAACGUGGCAAACUACUUUAUGACUGCCAUCCUCUGGAUCGUCGCAGGUCUUGCCCUCUUCCGUUUAGGCGGCUGCAUCUACUACCGCGUGUCCUUCUUUGUCUCUGAGCGGGUGCACCACCGUUCUGCAGUGUUG